AUGGCAUACAACCAGGAGCCUCUAUCUAAGAUUUCCAUCAUCAAGUUCAAGGGUCAGGACUUUGACACCUUAUGGGACCACUGCCUGAGCAGAGGUCUGCUGUUUGAGGAUGAGACAUUCCCUGCUGAGAUUUCUUCCAUAGGUUUGGAGUUGCUCAAGGGAAAAGACCUCUCUAGCCUGAAGUGGAAGCGGCCCAAGGAUUUAUUAGUGGGUAAAUCAGAGCCUUACUUCAUCCUGGAUGAUGCGAGCAGAUUUGACAUCAGGCAAGGAAGUGCAGCAGAUUGCUGGUUCCUGGCAGCGCUGGGCUCCUUGACACAGAACAAACAGCGUCUGCAGAAGAUCCUGAGGAACCAAAGCUUUUCCCACCACUAUGCAGGCAUUUUCUGUUUCCGGUUCUGGCAGUGUGGCCAGUGGGUGGAAGUCGUGGUUGAUGAUCGCCUGCCUGUCCUGAACAACGAGUACCUCUUUGUGCAUCCUUUCAGGAACAACCAAGAGUUUUGGCCCUGCCUGCUGGAGAAAGCCUAUGCCAAGUUUCGCGGUUCCUACUUCCACCUGCAUUAUGGCCACCUCCCCGAUUCCCUGGUGGACCUCACAGGAGGGGUGGUCACCACCAUCGACCUGCACUCCUCUCCUUCGGACCUAGUGAUGAUGGUAAAGACAGCAGCCAAGGCAGGCUCCUUGAUGACCUGCGCUACCCCGGUCGGGCCAACAGGGAUGGCCACAACCAUGGAUAAUGGCCUGGUGAGCCAACAUGCCUACACCAUUACUGGAGCUGAGAAGAUUCAGUACAGGAGGGGCUGGGAAGAUCUUAUCCGCCUGUGGAACCCCUGGGGCGACACCGAAUGGAGAGGACGCUGGAGGGACGGGUCCCCGGAGUGGCAGGACACCCAAGACCCGCGGAGAAGCCAGCUGUAUAAGAAUAAGGAAGACGGCGAGUUUUGGAUGUCAUGUCGAGAUUUCCAAGAGAACUUCUCCUGUCUGUAUGUAUGUAACGAAUACCCAGUUAACCUGGACCAUGGAAACAUGUCCCUUGAAGAAUGGUCCCAAAUGACGUUUAAGGGCCACGGGAUUCCGGGAAGCGCCACAGGUAGUUAUGAUAUUGGAGGACUCCAGAGCGACAUGCAGUACAUCUUCUCUGUGCCAGAGAGCAUGGGAGGCAACAAUGUCGUUGUGUCUUUCAGCAUCAUGCCACAAAUUCUAAAUGCAAGUGACGAGAGAUUUCCACUAGGCUUCCGAGUGUUCAAGGUCGACUCUCAGUUUCAGCAAUUUCAGGAGAGAUUGCCACCGACCUUUUUUUCCCAAUUCAGAAGUGCCGGCAAUGGCAUAGUGACGAGAAGUAAGUACAACCUCACAAGGUGCUUCACUCUAAGCCCGGGGACCUAUGUGGUGGCCGUGUUUGUGUACAGCGAAGCAAUUGAGUUCUUGCUCCGAAUCUUCUUGAAAAUGUCAAACACUGACAGGAACCCAGGCAGCAAUUUCAACCUUGAAGCACUGAAGGCAGGUCUGCCAGAAAAUGGCUCCCUACAAAGCAUUUUCUACAAAUACGCUCAGCAGGGACUAAACAUUGAUGCCACUCAGCUCCAGAGCCUUCUCAACCAGGAAUUCCUGAAAGGGCUUCCGGGGGACAAGUUCUCUUUGGAUGAGUGCCGGAGCAUUGUGGCGCUGAUGGAUCUGAAGGUGAAUGGGCAGCUCGACCAAGAGGAGUUUUCACGGCUGUGGACCCGUCUCUUCUGCUGCCAGAGGGUUUACCUGCACACCCGGGGGAACUCUGGCGAUUUCCUGAGCUCGGAUUUGUGGAGGGCCGUAAAGGACACAGACUUCCUUGCAGGGAUCUCCAUCAACAAUGAGCUGCUGGAUCUCAUGGCCCUCAGGUACGGUGACAGCACCGGCAGGGUCAGCUUCCCCAGCCUGGUCUGCUUUCUGAUACGACUGGAAGCCAUGGCAAAGGCUUUCCAGAACCUCUCCAAGGAUGGAAAAGGACUCUACCUGACAAAACUGGAGUGGAUGAACCUGGUCAUGUACAACUGAAGAAGUGAGUGAAGCAGACCCCAGAAUCC